AUGAUCAGAGUGAACCUAGCUGAACGUCAAAGACAUCUAUCCAAACGACAACACCAUGCGGAACCGGUUUAUGGCCAUCCAAUGGCGUCUACCUCGUCAAGAACGGAAAGUGAAGAAGCUCCUCAAGUGGUGAAGGAAAUCCCAUAUAAAGUGGUGAAAAUGGACGAUCCCAGACUCGUCAUGAAGAAGAAGGUGUUAUUGAGAGAACUCGAGUCAAGGUGAGGAGUUUUGAAUUUGUUGUUGUUAGUUUAGGCUCAUCGGGAGAAGGAAAGCGAAUUUUGUUGAUGAAGAUAUUUUUUGUUCUAGACGUGGAUGGUGUUAAAAGCUCGGUUAGAGUGUGUGUCAGGUCUUAUGAAUUGAUUCUACAAUUUUUAUUAACUUUAUAUUGAAUAAGAAGGCUCUUUUUGCUAUUGAGGGGUCUGAUAUCUAAAACAAUAUGGAAAAGGCGUUUUUUGUUUGAUCUUGCUAGUUUCAAAAGCUAUGUAACAUAAAUUGGGCGUAUUCCUAUCCGUGUCAACUUAGAAUAAGGGCUGGCUCAAAAGUAGAAGAAGAUGCGACCUUAUUUUAGACACUAGCUGUCUUUUGUAGAAUUUUUGCCAAUAUUGAAUUCAAAAUGAUAACGUUAAGUUUUCAAAUGAUUUCUAUUGCACGUACAGGUGUUUUAAAAUAAUUUUGUGAGCGAUUUCUUGUCUUUACAACCCCAUUUGACCUUAUGCUUGACUUUUUUUUCGUUUGAUGGCUGAAAACAAUGUCGAUUUUUUCUAGACAAUCCAGCCAUAUCAUAACCGAAGACAACAUGCGACAGCACGAUCGCACCGAGACACCUACCAGCCAUAAGGAGCGAUUACAGGCGUAUUUCAAAACGCUAACACGCGAUGAACCACCGCAGCCUCGAAGUUUAGGACCAAAAUUGUCGCUAACCGGAGGCGCCAUCAAUUUGUUGUUCACUGAGGUAAGUGAAGAGAGAAUUUCUUUGUUGUUGGAGGAAGAUAAGCCCUUAAAAUCGCUAAAAUUUUGAUUUUAGCGAGAUGAAAAGAACACCCCGGAUCUGAUCAAAAUUUAUCCAGUUUCGACCAAUGAAAGGCCUUAUUAUUUCUCCGGAAUACAUCACACAUUCACUCCGACUAAUAAGGUAGGCUGGAGAGAGGUUUUGAAUGAAGGGUUGAGGGAUUAAAAUAAAAAAUUACCUAAAGUUAAAUUGCAAGAUAAAAAAUUUUAAUUUUGGUGAUUUCUGAAUUUUUUUUGGAAUUGAUGGACUUACCACGAUUUAUUAUGUGUUUCUGGGUGAUUUCAUGUCCAAUUUGCAAAGAAUAGAGGCGAAAAUUAUAUUACUUUAGGUAAAAAGUUGUCAAAUUUUGGUGAAAUUGAUUAUUUUCUUGUAUUGUGUGUGGUUGAUUUUGUCAAAGAGGUAAAUUGUGGUAUCCUAAGUACUUUUGGAUCAAUGUUGAAAAAUUUGAGAAGAAAUUUUAUAUUACUCUGGGAAGAUUGCAAAAAUUUUUUGAAAACUCACAAGGAUUGGUUUUUUGAUCUUAACCCCUUCUUUUCUUCUUCAGACGGUCAAGUUCGAGGUGGAUGGCCGCGAAUUCAGCAGCGUCGAAGGGUACGUGAAGUCGAUGAUGGCAUUGGAACUUCGAGGUGACGUCAUUCAAGUGGAAGAUAUGGCUUUUCGCCGGUAUUUCCAAGACAAGGGCAUUUCUCAAAGACAGCUGGACACAUGGCUGACGGACAGGGGAUUUUUGUAUUAUCAGGUAACUUUUUUAAAUUUUUUUUGGGUUUUUCGGAAAAUUAAAUUUGAAGAAUCUUGUGAAGAAGAUUGGUGAAUUUCUCAGUUGCCUUUGCAAAUUGCAAGGUAACAUUUUCAGAGAUCUAUAUGUGGUAACUAUAGAAGGAGUAUGCAAAAUUUGAGAAAAAUCCGAGAGGUGCAAUUUUUGAACUUUUUCAAUUUUUUUCAUUUUUUGAUCAUAAGGGGGGACCAAGGGAAAAUUUUUUAUUUUUUUAAAUUUUUUGUUUUUUUAGAAAGCCCUUGUCCACCGACUAAAAUCCGACCCCGAAAUGCUGAAGAAACUCGUGGAGACAGAGAAGAAAGUGGUUAUAUACACCUUCCGCCUGGACGAACUGCUGGGCAGCGGCGUUGAGUACAAGUGCAUCGACAAGUAUUGGGAGGACCUGGCCGCCCUCCGCGUCUGCAUCCGCUACCCCACUCGUUUCCCCGUGAAACCCGAGGACUUUUGGAUCGUGCCCCGCCUCAUCAAGGGCUACAAUUUAUUGGGCUGCUUCCUCAUGGCCAUCCGCCACCGUCUGCAGACGGGCGAAAAAAUUGAGGACCUGGACUUCGAAAUGCCCGAGUAUUCCACCAACUACACGGAGAAUAUAGUCCACAAAAGAUUCUACGAAGAGGAAAUCCCCGCCAAACGCUCGAGAAUGUCGAUGAGGACCUCUGAGUACAGCUUUAAGACGCCAGCGGAGACCCCACAGAGCAAUGAGUUCAGACCUCAAACUCCGAACACUAUUUUUGGGGAAUUGCAUUUACAAAGUGUCAGUGGAAGUGUUCAAGGAAGCCCCACCAGAAGCGAAUGCAAUUCGGUGUCGACGUCGAUGAGUGAUUAUAAUAUAGAGGUAUGAGAGUCGACGCCAUUUUCAUUGUUCGCAAAUAAGAAUUCAUUUUUCCGCAAAUAUUUUUUCAAUUGUCCUUAAAUCAUAAUUUUUUAUACCUUUUCAAUUGUCCGCAAAUAAAUUUGCGGCAUUAAAGCAGCAGUAACAGGAAAACCAUCUUAAAAAGGAUGGAAAACGUUUUUUUAAAGAGUGUAGCACGUCAAACUGAGGAGUCCGGUGACCGGAAUAGACUCUUCGCUAUCGGUUUUUUACACUUCGUCUUGAUUUCGCAGAGAAAGAGAGAAAAAAGACACGCAAAAACGUACUCUCUCGUCCCAAAAAUUCCCCAUUUCUCCCACGACAAAAGGUUUUUUUGCGUCUUUUUUUGACAAAUUGCCAAUCCAUUCACCGGACUGUUUUAGCUUAUCUCAGUUUGACGUGUGUAGCUCUUUCUCGAUGCAUUUUUGUGGUCUCAAUGAAAGGCCACAUUUUUUUAACGAGGAAAGUACUUGAAAUACCACUGGAAUGUGGUCUGCAGAAUUUUUAGAACUUGUGUGAUCAUUUUCACGCUCAGUGUUGCCCUUCUCUUCAGCAGUGCCUUAACCCAACACCAACCCAAACAUGGCCGUUUGGCCAAAAAUUUCAUCCACGGACAUUAAAAGGCCGUUUGGAUUCUGAAUGUCCGCAAAUAAAAAGACUUUACAAGAAAAGUACUUCUAUAGGGUAUGGAGUUACAGGUCGAUAUAUCAAAAAAAUUGUAGUUUUUGAAUUGGUAAAAACUUGCUCAAAUCGACAAGCAUAUGGUGUUCCGAGAGAAGUUCUGAGGAUUUUUUAUACAAACCAAAUUGAGUUGCUAAUUUUUACAUAUCCAGAAUUACCCCAUAGAAGUACUUUUCUUGUAAAGUCUUUUUAUUUGCGGACAUUCAGACUCCAAACGGCUUUUCAAUGUCCGUGCAUGAAAUUUUUGGCCAAACGGCCAUGUUUGGGUUGGUGUUGGGCUGAGGUACUACUGGAAUGUGAAGCGUGGAAAUGAUCAUACAAGUUCUAAAAAUUCUGCAGACCACAUUCCAGUAGUAUCUCAGCCCAACAACAACCCAAACAUGGCGAUUUGGCCAAAAAAUUUCAUCUGCGGAAAGCCGUUUGGAUUGUCAAUAUCCGCAAAUAAAAAGAUUUUGGAAAAAUGUGUGGCCUUUCAUUGAGACCACAAAAAUGCAUCAAGACAGAGCUACACUCUUUAAAAAACAUUUUUCAUCAGUUGUAAGUAAGAAGGUUUUCUACAACUGCUGCUUUAAUGCGGCAGUUUUACUUGCGGACAAGUGAAAAAAUAUUUGCGGAAAAUUGGAAUCUUAUCUGUUGCCGCAGUUGGGUUACAAAGAUAACCGUGAUUUUUUGCAUUUUUAAAAUUUUUCAAUUUUGAAAUUUUUUGAAAUUAAAAAUUUUCAGCCCACUUUCAAAGCGCCGUUGCCCCGAUUCUCGACCAAUUCGCCGAACUUGACAACCCCAAACAAACUCAGCAACAGCUUCACGCAGUACAGGAAUAAUUCUUUUUUUGGAUCUUCUGCGUCAUUGUCAACUUUAUGUUCAAUUCGCCCAUUUAACACUAGCGCUCACAGCUCCCGAGAAGAAAGCAUUCAAAACGGAUCAAAUGGAGCGAAUUCCGAGACCAUUCCGACAUUUGGAGCCAAAGAAAAUCGAAAAGUUCAUGAUCAACAACACUUUGAAAGUCAAGAAAGUUCGAAAAUUUCCACAUUCGAUUUGUCGAAAAUGUGCUCUCCCAACAUGGAGCGGAGCAGAGUCUCGGAAGGCACGAUUAAAUCAUUCCAUUUCCAACCAUUUGCAGCGAAAAUUCAGAGAAAAAAUGCCGAAAAUGAGGAGAAUGCGAUGGACAGUGAAGACACACUAACUCCACCGACCCGUUCCGAAAAUUCCAGCCGGAAUCCGAGCGGGAAUUCAGUUAAUCAAAAGAAUGUUUGCGGAGUCGGAGAAAAAAUUGAUCAAAUUGGAUGUCAUGAAGAAGAUCAUGAAGUUGAAAAAGGUCAAGAAAAUGGCGAAAUUGUAUCUCAGCAAGAGGAUAGAGGACACUUUGGAACUAAUGGAGACGUUCUUAGAAUGCAAAGGAGACCAUUUGGAACGGAUAAAAUUGGAAAAAUUGGCCAGAAUAGGGGCUCAGAUGUGGUCAUUAAAGCCGGACAAGACCAGAUGCGGCAUGAAAAUCGCAUACAGAGUCUUGGCCAACGUCCUGGGACAUCUGAAAUUCAGCAAGUUCAAGAUGGUCAACAAAGACUUCAUGGAGAAGAUAGAAAUGAACGCAGUGGAAAUAUUCGACCUUCUGAAUGGGGUAAUCAAGUUCGGAAUGCAAUGUUGGAGCGCACUGGACAUCUUCAGCAAGUUGGAAAUGUUCAGGUUCAACCUGUUGAUCGUCUACCGCAAGUUCAACAAGGUCAAAGAAAAGUCUCCAGAAAUGGUUGUAAUGAUGGUCAGGGUCAAAUAAAGCUUCCAGAGAAUACUUAUCAAGGCGAAAGAGAUCGUUUGAGACAAGAAAUUCAUGGCCAUCAAGCUCAACAGGUUCAAAAUCGACAAAAUUUGGUUCAAAAUGUUGAAAAUUGUCAAAGUCAAUCGGAAAUUUUGCUCCAUCAAGAUGCAAGGAGUCGAUCAGGACCGCAGAGACACCUAGAGCAGCUCGAUGGACCGCAAAAUCAUCGAAAAAUUCAUAUUAUCCAUGAUGGAGAGGAUUCGGAGUCGGACGACGAGCUCAGCGAGACCAUGGAAACGUGCUCAAAUCCCUCAAUUGAGGUCGAAAUGGACUAUUCCAGACGAAUGGAGGAGAGGAAUCACAGAAGAAGAGACGUUUCCCCGGCCAGGAGCAAUAAGCAUUUCACACCGCGUAAAUUACCCGGACAAAGACUUGAAAUGGAGGAAAAUGUGGUGGUAAGUAGCCGGAUUUGAGGGAAUAUUAGAUAUUUUUUUGGGUGAGGGUGAAUGGAAGACGCUAGAAGGUAAUGGAGUAGCCAGAUUUUUUUUUUGAGUUUUGAAUUUUCUCGGAAAAUGGUAAGGAGGGACCAAGGCAAUUUUUUUUUUGAUUUGUUGGCAAAAAUUUUUUUGAUCAAGCUGAAAUUUGGCUUUAAUUUUUUAGCGAUUGAUUUGUGGAACCAUAUAGAGAAGCCUGACGAAAUUUGAGCGAAAUCAGAGGGUCGUGUUAUGUUAUACUAGGCAAUCUUUUUAUCAAAAAAAUUUUUUUUUCCAUUUUAGCCGUCUUCAUUGGAUGUGUCAACGAAAAAGGAUGUGAAUUCAACGACGAAACGCCUUUGGAAUCAAGAGAAUCCCCCGAAGUUUUCGGCCGAACCGAUUUCGAUCGACGAAAAGAACCUGGAAGCCCUGGAAAUCCCUCAAAAAUCGGAUGCAGAGCCCAAAAAAGCCUCGAACCCGCAGGAAAAAGCGAACAGAACGGGGGAAUUGGACUCGUUAUACCCGAAAAAUGUCCAAAUUGAGCCAUUGGCCCAGUCCAUCGAUGACUCUGACUUUGCGAACGCAUUUUCGUCCUCGGAUAUGGAUGUGAGGCCGAAGAAUGAAGCCGAACCGACGCCAGAAACGAGUCAAGCAGCCCCAGGUGUAAGAGAAAUUGAGCCCAGCUCGAGUGAUGACGGGAUUUUCCAGUUUGUUCGCGCUGCUCUUCAAGGACAAGAAAUUCAAAUUGAGGUGCGAAAUCCCCAAGGAACAAAUGAAUUGGAGGCUGGAAAGGGAGAAGCCACCGAUUUGAUUGAUGAUAAUGAAUCCGUCAUGUCGGAGGGAACCAAAUUGAUAGCGAGGAAAGCAAAAAUUAUGGAUGAUGUAAGUGUAAUAUAGUUUUUUUGGAAAAUUUUGGGAGUGUUGAAAAGUAGAUGGUUUUUUUGAUGUUUUGGGGUGAUAUCGAGUGGAAUUUACAAUUUUUUAAGAGAAUUUUUUUAAAAUUUUUUUGAUUUUUUUGAAAAAAUGAACAGGGGGGACCAAGCUGAAUUUGAUUUUUUUCAAAAAUUCCGAUUUUUUUUUGAUUUUCUUUCAAAAUUUGAAGCAAGGAGUAUAAUGCUGCUACGGAGAAUGUAUUAUUUCACGGCGGAAUUCUUAAAGUUACUGCCGAAAAAGAAUUUUUAGUUUUUCUCUGACCGACUCUCCUCAUUUUGCAUACUCUCUCGAAAAGAGAUUGUCGAAUAUCUCGACCUCGCUUGGAAAGCAAGAGCUAAGAUUUUCUGGGAUUUAUUUGUGGGCUAUUUUGAGUAUGUGGGCAAAAUUUGCAGAAAUUUCGGAUAGUUGAAAUUUUUUUAGUUUUUGUUUUUUUUUUGUAAGGGAACUUUUUUGGAAUUUUUUGAAAAUUUCAAUUUUUUUGCGAGAUGUAAAUUUGAGUUUUUUUUUAUUUUACUUUUACUAAAAACUUCUCUUUCAGUGCUUUGAAGACCUGAACCUUCGAUUCGGAAUCAUCACAGCCGACCUGGAUGAUGCUAUUUUACUCCAAGACGACUCCGAAGGCUAUGAUACGAUGGAUCAAGAGGAAGAAGAAGCUUUUUUCAGAAGCAUGGAGGAAGCCCAGAACAAUGAAAGAUCCUCACAGCAAUGA